AUGAAUGAAUUGACUUCUGAUAUAGAUACAGAUUCUAUAUUUUCAAGUGUGUCCAAGGAUAUGACACCAGAAGAAGUUGUGGUUGAUAAAACAGAGGAGAGAAUUAAUAAAAAGGGCAUCAAGAAAUUAAGCUCAGUCCAAUCUUUGCUAAACGAUGCGUACAAAUACUCUUCUCAUACUGAAUAUACUUUACCAGAGUCUUUCCUAAGAACAAGGAAUAAGCCUAAAAUUAUAGAAGAUGUAGAAUAUGAAGCUCCAAGACCAAAGAAAAAAAUUCAGAUUAAAACCCAAAGGAAAAAAUUGAAAGUGGAGAAACCUGUAAAACCUAAAAAGAUAAAAAAGGUCAAGGCCAAAUUAGAAGGAAAAACAAUAAAGAGUAAUGGAGAAGUUCAGAUAUCAUAUAGAGGAAGAAAGAAGGGAAGCAAAAAUAAGAAGACUAUUACUAAGCUUGAAAAGGAUAAUAAACUCAAUGAAAAUACUUUACAAAAUGAAAGAAUAAAAGAAACUCAAAUCAAUCAACAAGAAACUAAUCAAAAAGAACCAACAGAUUUCAUUGACUUAUCUUUAGAACCGUUUCCUCUGAAGUAUGAUUUCUUUGAUAUCGAUUAUUUGAAAAGUAAUACAGAAUUGAAUGAGCUACCUAAUCCAUCAACAUCUUUAACAAAUAAAUAUUAUUCUCCAACUGCAUCUCAAAUGAAUUCUGAGGGUUCACAAGUUUACAAAAUUGUUAAACUACGAUACCCACUAUUCACCAAUUACUCUGAAGAAUUUCACGUUGAUUUUUUGAAUAAACAUUUUGAUACCAUUUACAAUCCUAUGGUGGAACUAGGUAAAUUGAUUGAAUAUUUUGCCAAAGUUUACAUCCCAGAUGCAUAUUACAAUGAAAUAUCGAGAGAAAUCAUUAAACCUAUGAAUCACGCAUUCGAUAUAAAGGAUGUUGAAAAGUUUACCGAUGCUAUCAAUAAGUAUAAUACCUUUAUCCUAACUAUUCCUAGAGAUGAAAUAAUUAAAAAACUCGAAUGUACAAAGGAACUUCCAAAAUAUUUUAUUCAAGAUCUUCUACAUGUUGUUUAUACGAGAAGUAUUCAUCCUAAAGCUAAAACUUUAAAGAAAUAUGCUGCAUUUAGUAGCUAUGUUUAUGGUGAAUUGCUUCCUAGUUUUCUAUCAGAAAUUUAUUCCAACUGCUCUUUAAGUUCUGAUAAAAUAUUUAUGGAUCUUGGAUCUGGUGUAGGUAAUUGUGUCGUUCAAGCAGCAUUGGAAUACGGUUGUAAAUUGAGCUUUGGUUGUGAAAUAAUGGAAAAUGCUAGUGACUUAACUGAAGCUCAGUAUUCAGAAUUGACGAAACGAUGUAAACUUUUUGGUAUCAAACUAAGUCCUAUCAAAUAUUCUCUCAGAAAAAGUUUUAUCGAUAACGAUGAAGUUUCAAAACUUAUAAAGGAGUGUGACGUUCUAUUGAUAAAUAAUUUUUUAUUCGAUGCAAAGAUUAAUAAUGCAGUUACAAAGAUUCUUCAAAGUUGUAAACCCGGUUGUAAAUUAAUUUCUUUAAAAAGUUUAAGACCUGUUUCGUAUACAAUUGAUUUUAAUGAUACGGAAAAUAUAUUGAAUAGAAUGAAAAUUACAAAGCAUAACUUAAAGGAAAAUAGUGUUUCAUGGACACAUAGUGGAGGUGAAUAUUACAUAUCAGAAGUAAUGACAGAAUUAGAUGAAUCUCUUUUUACUUUAAACGCUGGACACAGAAAAACUCAUAAAGUUAUCAAAUAUACUAGAUAA